CACUCAAAAGCAGAGCACAAUUCCAAGGAGGGAUAAAAAGGUGGGGGCUAGACUUUACCAGUACUAGACAGUAGACACGUAUCCAAAAGAAAGACACCUUUGGAUUCUGCUCUGUGCAUAUUAAAUCAUCAAAUCCCUUUCAACUUUCAAGGAUACCAAAGCAUUUAUAGUCUUUUAAUUGCGCAAUAAUUCCUCAAGAUCUGCAAGAUUUAAGCCACCAGUCUUUAUUGGGUCACAGAGAGGUGUGUCUGUGUAGAGAGGAGCAAAGGCAGAGCAUGGAGGUGGGUCAGAUGCAGAGACGGUUGGCUGACUACACAAAGUCCUUGUUUAUGGAGGGGAUCCUGGAUGCUCAGUUCUUACAGCUUCAGCAACUUCAAGAUGAGAGCAACCCAGAUUUUGUUGUUGAAGUGGUCUCUCUUUUCUUUGAAGAUUCUGAGAAGCUUCUCAAUGAUAUCACCAGAGCUCUAGAUCAGCAAAGCGUUGAUUUCAAAAAGAUUGAUGCUCAUGUUCACCAGUUCAAGGGUAGCAGCGCCAGCGUGGGUGCUCAGAGAGUCAAAAAUGCCUGUGUUGCUUUCCGCAACUUCUGUGAGGAACAGAGCGCUGAAGGGUGCCUGAGAUGUCUGCAACAAGUAAAACAAGAGUACUAUCUUGUGAAGAACAAGCUUGAGACCCUAUUCAGGCUUGAACAACAAAUUGUGGCAGCUGGUGGGUCAGUUCCUAUGAUAGAAUCCAGCUUCUAAAUUGCAGAGGAGCAAGUCUAAUUGGGGAGGGUUUGUUGUAGAGAAGCUUUUAUAUGAAUUUAUGUGACCCACUUUUGUCACUUUAUGGUUCUCUUUAACUGAUGAGCCUUUGCUUGUAUGAAUGAAAAUAGAGCUUUCAAUCUAGUGCCAAUUCUCACGAUGAGACUCGGAGCUCA